AUGUCAGAGGAUCCCUACCACGACGCGUAUUCCGACGGACCGUACACCAAUAUCACGCCAGCAAUCAAAGCUAUUGAACUAGACCCAUACUCAGACGAGUACACCCACACCCCAGAGGGACUCGAAGACAUUACCUAUUACCCUGCACCUUCUCCUGCCCCCAGAACACCGACAAUACCCAACUCACCCUCCGAAGACUAUCUGAAACUAUCUCAGACACAGUCCACCAAGCUAGAGGAUCCAAUGAAGUCGAGGAAACUUUUAAUCUUAGAUCUGAAUGGCACCCUUCUCUUCCGAGCACCCCAUGCCAGAAAUCGCGACAACAAAACGGAUGAUGUGUACGCUCAGUUUCCCCCAGGACCACGACCGCUACGUGCAGUCAACCCAAGACCUUACAUGUCUUCGUUUCGAGAAUAUGUGUUUCAUCCAUCCACGAGGAGAUGGCUAGAUACGAUGGUCUGGAGUUCCGCUCAGCCCCACAACGUGAAGGACAUGGUAGAGAGAUGUUUUGGAGAAGAUUCUGUUGAAGAAGAAGACGUAAGUGGCAGAGGCCGGAGCCGGGGUAGAAAUAGAGGUCGUGGUGGUGGAAGUGGUGUUAGUCCUGGAAUAGAGGUCGAUGAAUUUGGUCGGGAGAAACGUGGAAAACUGGUUGCUGUAUGGGCAAGGGAUAGAAUGGGGCUUGAUACAGAAAAUUAUUUCAAAAAAACUCAAACCACGAAAGACCUAACCAAACCCUGGAAUCACUGGCGCCACCAUUCUGCAGAGUCUACUCUUCUACUCGACGAUUCACCUCUCAAGGCGAAAUUGCAGCCUUACAAUCAUCUCUGUGUUCCGGAGUAUACCCAGACUUUGAGAAAUUGGGAUUUGGGCCUCGAGCCCGAUGUCCUGAGAAUAGCAGGUCGAGAGGACGAUAAAGUACAAGGCACUGAUGCAGCGGAAGCUAGAGAACUUCCUAUGUCUAACCCUUUACCGAUAACAGAAACCACUGGCACAGUGAGCAACGAGGAAACUAUCGAAAAGGGAUCACUCAAACGCAAACGAUUCGAUUCUCAACCUUUUGAUCAUAUUCUCCUUGCGGUCAUUGGUAUUCUGGAUGCCCUCAAGCACCAGAGCAAUGUAUCCUCGUGGAUUCGGGACGGGGGAAUCUGGGCAGACGAUCCUAAAGGAAGCGAAGGUGAAGAGGACGGGGUGGACGAGGACGAUGGCGGUUUAAACCUGCUAUAUCUCGCUACGUCUCCUGAUCUAGGUGGCGAAUCAGUCGUAGAUCCUAAUAUGCGCGAGAGACUGGGACCAAAGGCGAGAUGGAGAACGAACAAAAACUCGAAACGGAGGAAAAUUGCUGAAGAUGCUGGCGAUGGGGUGGACGAAGCAAAGAGUACGGUCGAUAAAAAGCCUUGUAGGAAAGGAAAAUCGGAGCGAGCAGCCGAAAGGGAAGAGAAAGGUAUUGAUGAAAGCCCUGAGGUACUGGACGGAAACGAAUCUGAUGCCUCGGGUACAACCUCGAAGAAUGAUGAAGAAACCGCUGGAACCUCUAAUUCUAACUCUACUACUACGCUUACCGAUGCAGGCUCUGGGGAUUCCGUGGCACCGCUUUCGCUUGCCUCCACUUCUUCCCUCAAAAAGCCAUCUACAUUGACAUAUACCGAAUCCAUCGGAACAUUUGAACCCAUAACAACGUUCAUCGACACCCACACUAACACAACUGGAUCCGGGUCGUCUUCCUCUGCAAAUGAUGCCUCCCAAUCCAGUGAAGAUAGCCUAAACAUCCCGGGCCUCACGUUACCGUUUGGCCGCUCACCCCAGGAUGCGAUUCCAGUAGAGAAUGAUACCACCCUUUCCUUACCAACGCUCUCGCCGAUGAUGUGGUACCAAGAUAAAGAGUCAAGAAAAUACUGGGUGAAUAGGGGACAAAAGGCUUUGCAGGAAUUAGGAAUUGAAUGCAUUCCAGGGGUAGUACGCUCCUAG